CACAAGAUGCCCAGGGGCGGUCCGGGCUAUACUCUUUUGCCGGAGCCUGCCGAGUCGGGGGAUUCGUACAGUCGGCCACAAGCCAAGCCACCUACCGAUAUCCAAGUCACCACGACGAUUUCAUCGACUUCUGCUGACGCCUCCUCUGUCCAGGGCGCUGCCUCUGCCGCCACCGUCGCCAUGUCCCCUCGGCGGGAAGCGUCAAAGCCGUACAGGGAGGUUCUCAACUCGAGGCGCACGGCCGCGAACAAGAAGCGCCACAGCAUCGUCAUGUACAUCCACCUCAGCGGCUGCGGCGAGUCCGUCGUCGCCGACGAGUGCCAGCUCAGCGUGAAUGUGGUGGAGAGCCGCGUGCGGUACAUGCUGCGCGCGCACGGCCGGGCGCUCUUUGGCGAGGCCAACGCGAGCAAGAUGCCGGCCGUCAUGUUCAUGCCGGGCAGCGCAGCAAAAUACAAUGUGGUUAUCAAAGGCAUGCGCGUCAACGACGCCGUGGCGCUGCUGGGGCCGCAGUUUGGCGACGACUUGGAGGCCAUGGCGGAGAAUGUGCAGGCCGAGAGGCCGGUGAAGCUGCAGAUUGAGCUGUUGUGGGAUGGGGAGUAUCUUCCGGGGGUGAAUAGGGCUGCGCUGAGUCCGGCUGCGGCGGUGACGGCCAAGGCGUAUGAGGCUUCUCAGGCUGCUGCUGCUGCUGCUUCGACUCCUGAUACUGCUUCGGUUGAUGAUGACAACUAGGUGUAGAUGGAUGUAGAUAGGGGGCCUACUAUGGCAUCUUUGGAUCGUGAAAGGGGUGGAGGACUUGUGGUGAGGUUAUUGGGAAUGGGCAUUCUAUGGCCUACUUGUUUGCUGUUUAGUGAUGUUAUAAUUGAUUGCUGUUAACUUGUUUGUAA